AUGAAUCCGCCAGUUCAUUCAACGCCACGUACAGACUGUGCUAAACGUCCAGUUGAUGAAUAUUUUCAGGAAGAGUAUUCCGAAAUAUCUGCUACAAGUCAAUCACUCUUAAAAUAUAUACAACAAAUUAGAUUUGACGAUUCAUUCGAGUUGGGCUAUUCUGAUCCUUCUUUUUCUUAUGCAAGAACGGAUCAAGAUGAAAACAUUGUGAGGGAUUUUAAGCUAUGUGGACUUCAACAAAGCGGUGUCAGUUUCAGUUAUCGACAAAUGGUCUAUGGCGCACUUCUACGGGUGCAAGUCGCGUCAGAUACUUCAACAGAAGCCUUGCACCUCGCCAUAGCCUACGCGGACCGAUACACCUGGCUUCAAACAACAUAUCCCUUAGGGUUCGAGUCAAUGGCACAUGGAGCUUUGUGGUUGGCGGUUAAGGUCUUGACACCCGAGACACCCAUCAUAGGCCCAUUAAUGGAAGUCAUGGCUUCAGAACGCUUCACUGUGGAAGAGAUAGAAGACUGGGCGGAACAAUUGCGACUUAUCCUCGGUCCCGAUCUUCACUAUCCAACUCCACACUCCUACCUCGAUAAAUUCCUGGCAAAGUGUGGCGACUUUCCACCCUGUCACAUCAAAUUAUUUACUACGAUUUGUUACUACCUACUUGACUUGGGGCUGAUGGAGUACGAUUUAGCCCGACGACCGGCGUAUUUGCGUUGUGCAGCCGUAGUCUACGUCCUUCGUCGCCUACUUCGAUGCACCGGCUAUGUUUUGGGUGGAUCACCUUCUUAUCACCAAUAUGAUAUGUUGAAUUAUUGGCCAAUGGAAGUAGAAAGAUACUCGCGAUGCAAGGAGGAUCGAGAUCUCUACGAAACUGCCCUCGCAUAUGCCAAGUUAAUGGAAGAGGCCAAGAAAUAUCAAUACCAAGGCUCGCAAAUUCCUCUCAUUCUCUUGCCUAUAAUUGAAAAAUACAUGGAUUGGGCGUACAGCCGAGUGGCUGCUAAUGCCCUGGUGACGAACUUUGACCUCGAAGAAGUUAUGUGCCCAAACGGAGCGGAAGAAAUGACUCCCCUCCUCCGAGAGCCAAAAUAA